GUGACCCUUGGAUGGUAUCGACAGUUGGUUGCUAAGUAAAUCAUAACUCCCGCACAGUUAAUACUGCAGUUCUGUGUAGUUUUAGUCAUAAUUUCUUUCAUUGUGCUUCCAUUACCGGUUUGAAAAAAUGAAUUCCAACAUCGAUAAGGUUUCCCAUAUAAUCGAGUACCUGCAAGCAUUCAGAAUUCAUGAUUUGAAAUGCAAACCAUUCUUUUCCGGACUGGACGAGCACAUCUCGGACGAGGCCGGGGGCUUCAUUGGCGGCGGCGGCGGAAACAACAGUGGCAAUAAUCACCCGCACUCGCAUCAACAUCACCAGCACCACCACCAUCACCACCAGCUGACGGCACUUGGCGGAUCUCCGGCGCGCUCGUCACCCCACUCGAACGGUUCCGAGUCGACGGAACGCUUCAGCCGCAAGGUGUUCGUCGGCGGGCUGCCGCCGGACAUCGAUGAAGGACAUCAUGCCGAGCGAUAUGACAUAUUUGCCCAGCUUAUAUCAGCCAGCGCCGUUGACGCCUUUGUCGAGCCACUUAACGACUGAAGAACCAACGUACGCGGAAGUACAUAGUCG